CCUCGUCCGUCCGUCCGUCCGUCCGUCCGUCCCCGCGUCUGUCCGUGUCCGUCCGUCCGCCCAUCCAUCCGUGCACGUCUGCCAUUGUUCGUGCGUCCGUCCGUCCGUCUGCGGGCAAUUGGUUCCAGAUGGUGUCGGCGCAGGAGCGGCUGACACGCACGUUCACGCGCAGCAGCCACACUUACACGCGCACCGAGCGCACCGAGAUCAGCAAAACGCGCGGCGGGGAAACCACCAGGGAGGUGCGCGUGCAAGAGUCCACCAGGGUGGGAGCUGAGCCCUUCCACGGCGUCUUCGGGGGAUUCCUCGGAGGGUUCGGGGCUGCGCGAGCGCAGGAGGACGCGGCCCCCCCGGAGCUGUCGGCGCAGGUGCUGAGCCCGUCGGGGCAGCGCUCGGACGCGGAGGUGCAGGCGGGGCCGGGCGGCGCCUACCGGGUGCGCUUCGUGCCCGAGGAGCUGGGGGCGCACAGCGUGGCCGUCAAGUUCCGCGGGCAGCACGUGCCGGGAAGCCCCUUCCCCUUCACCGUCGGACCCCUCGGGGAGGGCGGCGCGCACCGGGCCAGGGCUGGAGGACCGGGGCUGCAGAGAGGGGUGGCCGGAGUGCCGGGUAUGGGGGUGGGGGACCUGUACUCCAUCGGCUUCCUGCCCCUGGAGAACGGCGUCCACGCGGUGGAGGUGCGGCUGAACGGCCGCCACGUUCCCGGCAGCCCCUUCAACGUCCGCGUCGGGGAGCAGAGCCACGACGCCGACCCGGCCCUCGUCACCGCUUACGGCGCCGGGCUGCAGGGGGGCGUCACCGGGGUGCGCUCCGAGUUCGUGGUGAAGACGGCCAACGCCGGCGCCGGAGCGCUGUCGGUCACCAUCGACGGCCCCUCCAAGGUGACGUUGGACUGCGUGGAGUGCGCCGAGGGCCACCGCGUCACCUACACCCCCAUGGCGCCCGGCAACUACCUCAUCUCCAUCAAGUAUGGCGGCCCGCACCACAUCGUCGGCAGCCCCUUCAAGGCCAAGGUCACCG